CAACAAGCUGCUGGUAAGCCAGAAACAUCAAAAUACUACACUCAACAAAGAUGUUAAAUCAGUUCCAGUGGAUCCCGAUCCAGCAGUUGUCCCACCCAAUAAUAAACGUUCAACCACCAUCAAGUGUGCGCAGUUGCAGAGAGCAGUUAUCUGUGACGCGGAAUUCAAGAAACACAAAGCCUUGGGCCGGCCGAAUAAGCACGCCAAGAAUUCGGUGUUUGACAAAGUCAGGCGUUAUAAUCCCGACGGCGAGAAGUUAAACCUGUUUUCCGAAAAGGUGGGUCAUGAAGUAGACGAGCAGGCCACGAGUUCGACGCGAAGCCGGAGUAUAUCUUCGACCAGGUCGACGUCCUCUUCCUCGCCAAGAAAAAUGGAGCAAAUAUUGAACAAAACCAAGCCGAUCUGUCCGCCCCAACAGCUCGCGUGGAAGUGGCGAAAGCCGAAGAACUUUGAUCCGGAUUCCGAGACGACGGGCAGCAGCGACGUGGAUGAAUUUGUCGAGCAAAAGACGAAAAAGAACCGCGGAACAAAGAUGCACAACUUAUUCGAGCAAAAGACCACGAUGAGCAAGAACGUACAACAUUUAGUUUACGAACUGGACCCGGGAUAUUCCGCUUCUUUUCUGGAGGAGAAACAAAACGAAAGAAAAAUCACGGACGUUUAUUGCGAUCUGUUACAUCAUUUAUCUUCUUCCCUGAUUCCGACGACUUCCAGAAUCGUUGUUCCGACGAAUGAAGAUCGUUUUUGUGGGCGACGAGGAGGACCAGGUGCUCCUUCUCCCGAACAAGAUUUGCGCUCCACCGCUGGUGAAGAUGUUGUUGAAGAUGAGGACCACCUGGACGAACAAGACGGGGACGAUGAAACUAACAAAGCGAAAAUCGGUUCAACCACUGCCGCUGGUCGUGUAACCUCUCCCGCAAAACCAGAUGCUCCGAGGCACGAGGAUUGUCCGGACUCGUCGAUGAAUCACGCAAAAGUUCUUUCUGAAAAAACCAGCAGAAUGGUGAACCAUUACAAACUCGUGCGCCAGACAGUCAAUUCGGGCUGUACUACUGGUUUUUCUUCGCACGGAAGGAACAACCCGGGAGGUGGUCUUUUGCAGAAAAAGCUGGAUCUGCUGCACGAAGUGUCUGGAACAACCACAGCUUCCGGAUCGUCCAAAGAUCCAGAGCAGCUGCGAAAGAAAGCCUUGUACGUGGACUAUUUGUUUCCGGAAAAGGCGGUCCUCGACCCUCUCGCGCAGAACCGGCACAAAUUCUUCUACUUCGGCGAAGAAGCUGUAGACGACACUUGUUCUAAAGGCAAAGAUAAACACCAAGAUCGCUCAUGCACCACGACCCUGCAGUUCUGCAGCAACUUGCAGAGACGGGAACAGGUCGCUGCGAUCGUCGAAAUGUUUGCGGAUUUCGUUGAAAACGUGUUUUCAUCCGAUAAGCGCACCCACGACGACGACGACCACCACCACUACCUUCUUCCGCUGAAAGAGGCCGCAGGACGCGUGAAAAAGCUCCUCUCGAAGGGAAAUGCGGCCAGCUACAUCCAGCUUCUCACCGUGUACCUGCGGUUGACCGACGGUAAAAAUCACGAUUUGUUCCCCUGCGGCUUGCUCGCACAGCAGAUGUCCUGGUAUUUUCGGCAAUACCCGCGACCCGAGGAGCGGGGGAGGCAGAAAGUCAAGAGUUCCGACUUUUACGACCGAGUGUUUGAUCGACUUGAAGACACGAUGUUGUUGACGAAAAACAUCGGCGGUUCUUGUGCGGCGAAAAAUUCUACCGUCUAUUACCCCGGUCUUCCGGACGGAGCGAUUUUCACGCGGACCUACGAGCAAAGCGACCCGUCUUCCAACGUGAGCGUGAAGUUUCCGGCUCUGGUGGAGCACAACUGGAACGAAGCGUGUUUGCAAAUGGCCACCGUAAUCUACCAAAAAACGGAACAAGAACUGUUAGCAAGCGCUGCGAAAACGAUCUUGGCGCAAGCGGACGAGGUUGCGAAGGAUAAACGAAUCCAGACGGGGAUGAAACAGGCCGAAGUAGAGGCGGUGAAAAGGCAGGAAAGAACUUCUGCUGCUCUGGUGAAAGGAAUCGUGGUAGAUGAGCUGCAGGCCGCUCCUGGUGUCGACGCCGAGCAAGGAGAAGUGGAUUUGAAGCCGUGUGAGGACG